UAAAGUGAGGAGUCCCAAUGGAUAAAGCCAAAAAAAAGCUGGGCGUCACUCCUUCCCACGCUGCACAGGCAUGGGGAAAAAAACACAGCACUACAGACAAAGAUCAGCAGAAACUUCAAGAUUUCAAAUAUAUUGGAAUCAAUGGUGCCCCUACUUGUACAGCUAUCUCAGAAGAUGUAUUAGCAGGUGUCAAGGAACUGGGAUUUGAUCGUUACAAGUAUAUAGUUCAGGUAUUUCUUGUGGAAAAGACUGGUCAGUCAAUACAUAUUGCCAGCAGAUGGGUGUGGGAUGUCGCAAGAGACACUUGGGUUCAAGCUCAAUAUGAAACUGAGACCUAUGUUAUAGUGGCUCUAGUAGUUGCUUCCUAUUUUGAGUAAUUGGUUUAUUUAUUUUAGAACAUUUAUAUAGCCGCCUACUCACUCACAGAGACUCUAGAUGGCUUCCAAACAGUAACAAAGAAAUAUUGUAGUAAUAUAUUGAGAUUUUCUAGUUUAUUUCCUCAAAUAAAUGUAUUUUUUUUUCAACCAUGC